GCCCCCUGGUGAAGCCACGCCCAUCACCGCAGGCCCGCCAGCCGCUCCCUGUCCUCGAGCUGUCAGAAGCCGAACCAUGGCGCAUCAGACCGGGAUCCACGCUACACCGGAACUGAAAGAUUUCUUUGCAAAGGCCCGCAAUGGAUCUAUACGACUCAUUAAAGUGGUCAUUGAAGAAGAACAGCUGAUGUUGGGAGCUCAUAAAGAACUCCGGCUAAACUGGGACCAAGAUUAUGAUGCACUGGUGCUCCCGUUGCUAGAUGAGACUGAGCCGUGUUAUAUCCUUUAUCGCCUUGACAGCCAGAAUGCCCAGGGAUAUGAAUGGCUUUUCUUGUCAUGGUCACCUGAUAACUCCCCGGUGCGAUUGAAGAUGUUGUAUGCAGCUACACGAGCAACUGUGAAAAAAGAGUUUGGGGGCGGGCACAUUAAGGAUGAAAUCUUUGGAACGCUGAAGGAAGACAUUGCUCUUAGUGGAUACCAGAAGCACGUCUCCUCUUGUGCAGCACCAGCUCCACUCACUGCAGCAGAGCGGGAAUUACAGCAAAUUAAAAUAAAUGAGGUAAAAACAGAGAUUAGUGUGGAGAGCAAACAACAAACUCUACAAGGACUUUCCUUCCCUCUGAGACCAGAGGCGGAAGAGGCCAUCUUGCUCCUAAAGCAGAAAAAAAUCAAUUAUAUACAGCUGAGACUGGAUUUAGAGAAGGAGACAGUUGAUUUGGUGCACACAAAGCAUACGGAGAUCAGAGACCUUCCAUCUAGAAUCCCACAAGAUACAGCUCGUUAUCACUUCUUCCUCUACAAACACUCCCAUGAAGGUGACCACUUGGAAUCUGUAGUGUUUAUUUACUCCAUGCCGGGAUAUAAAUGCAGCAUCAAAGAGAGAAUGCUUUACUCCAGCUGCAAGAACAGACUUCUGGAAUCUGUAGAGCAGGCUUUCCAACUGGACAUUGCAAAGAAGGUUGAAAUUGAAGAUGGUUCUGAACUAACCCCCGAGUUCCUCUAUGACGAAGUUCACCCCAAGCAACAUGCCUUCAAACAGGCGUUUGCCAAACCAAAAGGACCUGCAGGGAAACGAGGCCAAAAACGCCUUAUAAAGGGGCCUGGUGAAAACGGCGAGGACAAUUAAAUGUAGGACUCACAUGUUCCUUGUGGAACUGCCAAGUCAUGCCAGAAUCGUCUUCUACAAUGUGCAAGGGCCGCUUUGGUUCAUUUUGCUUUUCUGCCAUCAUACAAGAUGAGUUGGUGCGUGGGACGCCAGGGCAAUGCCUGCUUCCUUCUUAUUGCUUUUGUUUUCUUGAGUUGUAGCUUUCUUUUUUCUCCUCCCAUUUCUCCUUGAUAACUAGCAUUCUCUUUUCCUGCAUCAAACCCAGAUUCUUGAUAUACUUGAACACAAAAGAUCCCUCUGUACAUACAUUUCAUUGGCAUGUUACUAUACACAUUUCACACGCAGCCUGUGUGAUCUCUUUAAUAUAGAACAAUAGUUGUCAAACCUGCAUAAACAAUGUUUGGUUCAUCAAUCCUCAGAGGAGCAACUGUUACAAUUACGCGAUAUGCCCAGAACAUAAAAUUUAACCCCCACCCCCAUCAGAAACAUUGACUUCUAAUGCUGCCUGGAUAAUAUACUCAAUGGUUCAUUGGAGUUUGAGGAAAGCCGACAUCAUGCAGUAUUUUAGUCGGUGAGUGAGUUUUGCACAAUAUAAAGGAUUAAUAGAAAUAUUCCUUCCAGGAUGGUCAGUGGUGCCUUGCAAAGAUUGUAGCUUAUUGUAGCUUCCACCAGUGGCAGGAGAUGGGUUAAUGAAAUGCUAUUAUUUUUUUAUUAUUAAUUGGUGUAAUCCCAAGCUCACAUAACAUGGGACAUUAUAAGGACUGAAUAUGAUAUUUGGGGUUAUCCACUAAACUGGGAUAUUAGGGAGAAUUGGGGAAAUUGCAUUGGGGAUUUUACCCCAAAAUAGCCAAGUCGUAGAGCUUUUCCAGUUUCAUUAUUUUUGGCCUGAAAUGUGCUGUUUUCUUGCUAAUUCUCCACAAGUCCCAGUUUAGUAAGUAAGACGUUUCUUGUUUCUCCUCUGGAAUGUUUGCUGCUGGAUUUCUUUAAUUGCUAUUAAUGUUAUCCUGGACUCUUACGUUUGUUCCUGGUGGUGGUGUACAUUCCAAACUCCGUUUAUGGAAGAUCAGAGUCUGCCUAGGAAAUCAUGUUCAGUACAUUUAUCUCCUCCUCUGCUCCUAAUUUUCUAAGAAAAAAAAAAAAUAAUAAUAAUAAAAGUGAUUUACUUUUUUUUCUAGAAUAUAGUGGCUUUUCUUUAAUAAACAGGACCAUGAACGGCAAA